UCUCGCUCACACUAGCGCAUGGAUGAGAAAAAACUGGUCUUGUGUGUAUGAAACACUGUACGCGCGAACGCGUGAGGUAGAUGGUAGAGUUGUUGGCGCUUGGUGCAAGCAAAAGUUGCUUUUUUAAGUUAUGUUACCGAGCAGUGUGAAUUAGUUUAAUAAUUUAAGGUUACGGGAAGGCUUUCCGAAUGAAGUGUUGUGCACUUUGACAGCAAAGUAUCACCAAAAAAAAAAACGGUGCGGUGCUCUAUCUUCCACUGGGCCCUUUUCUGCUCUAGCCUUCUUUUCCAGCCGUCUUAAGGAAGCCUCACCCUCUCUCGCUCUCUGAUGUUGAAAUAAUGAUGGACGUGGAUCAGCCAGUUUCGUCCACGACCGACAACGGGAAGGAAGAAGCCACAGCAGCAUUAGAUGCCGAGCCUGCGUCGCAAGCGGAUCCUAAAUCACCCGCCACGAUCGCACGGGAAAAUGAUGAUUUACCUGCGUUGCUUAUAAGCGAUAGCGAGGAGGAGACGGAGAACGAUCCAUCACCAUCUUCAAAGGAUCUUCCGACGAAAAAGGUGCCGGCCGCCACCGGUGACAUUUCAGGCAUAUCGCCCAUCGACACCACAACGGUUGCGAAUGUGCAGGACGAUAAAACUGAUACGGUGGGUGUGGAUGCUGGAGGAAGCGAAGCGAAUGGGAAUGAAACGGUGGAAGAAACAUCUGCCGUCGCUGUGUCCGAUACGGUUGUUGAGCCAGAGGAUACGCAAAUGGAAAACAUCGAUUUGACAGGUGCAUCCAGUGCGGAUGAUUCCGGUGUUAGUGAAGAGCCAAGCUGUGAAGAGACAACUAGCACCGCCACCACCACUACCCGCCCUUCAGCAGUAGCACCGAAAGCGCCAAGAAAGCCCAGUUCCGAAAUGACUGCCCAGGAACUGCUCGAAUCUUUGCUGGGUGCUCAAGAGGAAGCGUUCGCAUCGCAUCAAGAAGCAUCGGAUCCGGAAUCGACGGAAGCAGCCCGAGAGUCGAAACCGGCCGCUGAAGACAAGACAGACACGGCGGUCACCAACAACAACAGUGUGGAAGAUGGACAAAAUGUGCCGGAUGAGAACGACUCUAAGAUGGAUACUGUGGUGAUCGAUGAUGAAUGCUUACUAGAGGAAAUGUCCCACGUAUCGACGGACAGGCAGCACGACAUGGAUGCCGAUGAUAAUCGCACGGGCAGUAGCAGUUCGUCGUGCAGUGGUGAUGGUACGCGUCAAGCUUCGGAUGACACCGAGCAGGCAAACGAUGAGGAGGCCGGCGAAGAUGGGGAAAAACUUGAUGAUGAGGACGAACCACCGAGAAAAAGGGCCCGUUCGACGGAUAUGGUUGAAGCUUCGACGAUUGAAAUAUCUGAGCCUACGUUUCACGGUAUAAUGGAGCACGAUACUGUACAAAACGAAACCGGAACGGACGAGCUUGCUCGCAAAACGGACAAUGGCACACCCGCGAAUGAGCGGCAAUCGGAUUCAGCCAGUGACGUACGUGUUUCGGAAGAUGGUCCGGAGUCGGCAGACGGUUCUCUUGCACUAAAACCAGCAACAUCGAAUGACAGUUGUAGCAGUGGUUCACCAAAUGGCGGUCCGCUCAAGAAACAGUGCAUCGAAGAAGGCGGUCGGCAAAAUGUCAAACCCGCUGAACCGUCAGUAUGUCCUGACGUAUUGGUGAUCGAUGACGACGACGAGGACGAGGAUGCUGUUUCUGCUGCUGAAGUGACCCGUAAGAGUAAUGUAGCGCAAGAUACGGGCGAAAACAGGAAGGAUGCACUGGAUGCAAAAGCCGCUAUGAAUGGUACCGAUGUACGAUUGUCACCCGGUUCGGGCAAAAAACGCGAACCGGAACCGAUCCCGAUGGAGUUUCUGCGCAAGUUUAACAAACCAUUGUCCCAGAUGACGCGCACCGAUUUGGAGCAGCUGGUGUUGCAAAAGAUAACCGAGGCCAUAGUGCAUCGGUCGGAAAAUGCAGAACUGCGAAAGAUAGUGAACAGACAGUCGGUCAGGCUGCAAAGCUUCGAGCGUACCAUCGCGGACAUGACCAACCAUUACGAAGGCCUGAAACUGGUAGCCGAGCGGGCGGUCGUCGAUAUGAAGAAGCGGGCGAAAUGUUUUAUCGCCCCGGUAAAAAUAACGCGCGCUGUCGGAUUGCAAGUAUCGUCGGAUACGAUAGCUGCACAUACGCUUUCGAACUUUUCCAAACUCUUGGCCGACAAGCCGAACGACGAAUCAGGCGUGGCGACAGUCACUACCACGACUAAUGGGGCUGCCGAAAACGGUGAAGGAAAGCAGCACACUACACAGCCGAAAGCAGCCACCGCACCAACGUUUGCCGGUGGACAACGGCAAAAUGCGUCAGCAAAUCGAUCCCAGUUUUCCAACAGUAUGUCUCCCAUGACCACUGCCCGCUUUACGACGGCCGCCACUUCCGUACCGAACGGGAUGGUGCGCACCAUAAAUGCUCAGUAUGCUAAGCACACUAACAGCGCGCCGGCGGCUAACGUUAGCGUAACGCCUGGUAACGCUGUGCGAUUGGCGGCCAACCUGACGAACGAUGUUAGCAUUGUGUCCACUCCCAUCACUGCCUCUCUUGCUAGCGUACCGCCAAAAGUUGGUUCGGGUGGUGGGAUCGAUGGUCCCGUGCGCAAAAAGUUUCACAAAUUCACCCCCAAACGGCCGCCUCUGUCACCGUUCCAACAAGCGCAGCAAGAGCAGCAGGUGCGCCAGCAGCAGGAGCUGUUGGUGCAACAGAUUCACGAACAAAGUCAGCAAGCACAGCAACGAAAAUCUCAAAUCAGUGUUCGUCAGGAUGUGUUGCCAGCGGUGGAAAACACCACCACCAUCGUGCGAACAACGUUGCCAACGGAUGCAUCCGCCAACCGUCAACGACCGCCCUUUCAGGGUCGUGUGUUGAACACGUUGAGCCCACAGACGUCUGCCACACAAAAUUAUCAGCUCGUUUCGGUCGGCUCCAUACGACCGGUGGCUUCCUCCACCUUGACCAGCGCCACCACUACUACUACGCUCCAACUGUCGGAGGUCCAAAGGCCAAACUCGCAGCCUACGACCGGAUCAUCGGUGGGUGCGGCUGCUUCGCCACCAGUGAACGGUUCCCUGAUCGAUUUGACUGACGAAGACGAUACUGCCGCUUCUUCGAUCUACAUCAAGCGGCCGAAAUCUACGCACAGUGGCCCGUUCCCAUCCACCGCAGCGGUAUCGACUCCAACCUCCAGCAGCGUGCAGACGAUUGCAUCGAACCAGUUGAUGCGCAUACAGCAACGAAUAAAUGCUGGCGAAGGUGGUGCUGACACGGUUGUUUCGGCCGUUGUCACGAGUUCUUCGGUCGGCGGGUUGGUUCGAACCGCGCAGAACGUUAAUCGUCGCGACAAUGCACCAACGCAGCAACCUGUCCGACAUCCCAUUUACAACAGUAAUGUGCAACGAUUGCCAAGUUCAACAGAGGUUGUAAAAAAACGCGUUGUUAUCAAACCACUGCUGGCACCGCUCCCGAACCCAGGACCCCAGCCUAGCGAUCCGUCGUGGAAGCUACCACCGCCCCAACCAUCGAUAUGCGUCAACAACGUGCAAGCUGGUAUUGUAAUAUCCUGGACGAUGCCUUCGCUUACGAAACAUCAUGCGACCAUCGAAACCUAUCAGAUCUACGCAUAUCAGGAGUUGUCCGUGCAAUCGGCCCCAGAGGAAUGGCGACAUGUGGGCGAUGUGAAGGCGUUGCUGCUGCCGAUGGCCGUCACCCUGACGCAGUUCCACGAAGGCCAACGAUAUUACUUUGCGGUGCGUGCCAUCGACAUGCACAAGCGGAUAGGAAAAUUCUGUGAACCGCGCACCUGGAACGACAACAACGUGGCCAACUAAAUGGCUCAUCUUGUUGAUGGACUACCCGCCCUGAUGUCAUUUGAAAAUGUUGUGACUAGACGCUUAUAUCUCUCUUCUCCGCACAAAUAAGCAAGCAUGCAUGGCAGGCUACAGUCGACAGCCAUUGCUCAGCCAAAUAGGACGAAGAAGUGUUGUAGAGGGGUUCUGCUAUUGUCAUCCUGCUCUUGGCGGGCAAUUAAUAUUCACAAUCGCAUGGUGCAAAGUCAAACCUCCCGUUAGCUGUCAGCGUUUUCAUUGUACAUAUUUUAAUUUAAAAAUCAUUUUAAAACCUGUACGAUUUUAAUGGAAUUCUAACUGAAAGCUUAACUGAAGCUGCCUUCCAGGCGAUGGUCCAUAUUGGCUUGAUAUUUAAAAUUAUCGUUGUUUCUGUUUAAUAUUUCGGGAAGCCUGUAGACGGGGAGGUGCUGGAGGAGGAAAAAAGUAAAUUAAUGUGCCGUAGCUCCUAACAAUAUGCCCUCCAUGAGUAAAUGGCACUGUUUGAACUAGUUGCUACCGGACAGUCCCCAUCAUUCUUUAGCUAUGAUAUCUUAACGUCCGAUCAAGUCAAGGUCCUGACCUCUAUGGCACACGUCUACAAGACAUUUGCGUAAACAGAGCGGUGGGAUGUAACGUUAGAUCGGGCAGGGUAUCGUAGACUGUGUUCCUUCGUUAAAAACAAAUGAGAAGAAUAAAUAAGUCAAUGAACGCCACGAAUACUGGAUGUUGCGUUUUGCCAUUGA